AUGCCCAUCUUAAAUGACACCUUUUUCAGCUUUUUCAACACCGAAUCGCCAUGGCAACAAGGGCAUUUGACUCGAUUUUACAGCCUCGCCCGAGCUGUGACGGAUCGGUACCAUUUGUACCGGACGCACGCGGAUUGGCCUAGUCUGCGAAUGCUGUAUCAUCAUUUGGCGCUGUUUCCUGCGUGUAGAGGCGGUUGUUCACUUCUAUUUGCUCUAUCCUCUUCACAGCCUCUUUUACAGUCUCGUAGGCACGGUGUCGUCUUCACUCGGACGACUUGA